UGGACCAUCAAAACGUUUCACUUUCAUUUGUCUUCCAUGAAAGGUGAUAGACUCAAGCUGUAGACCUAUACUGCUCUGUGACCCUGGCUCAACACACAGCCUGCUUGUCUGAAAGUGUCAACGAUUUCAAAGGGGAGAAAGAAAUGGCUCAUGAAGAUGGACCGAGGAUGUUCCAAGACCAGCUGGCGGAGAAGGUCCGGCCCUUCAUAGACUUAAUAGAUGACAUGAGAUCCAUAGGGAUAGAUAAGGAGCUACCACUGCCAGACAUUGCUGUGGUGGGAGACCAGAGUUCAGGAAAAAGCUCUGUGCUUGAGUCCCUUUCUGGGGUGGCACUGCCCAGAGGAACUGGUAUUGUCACCAGGUGCCCACUGCUACUUAAACUCUGUAACGACAGGACAGUGACAUGGGAUGCUGUCAUCACAUACGGAGAGAAAGUCAUUCUAUUUGACGAACCUUCAGAAGUCGUGAGAUACGUUGAACAAGCUCAGAACGUGUUAGCUGGAAAGGGCGUGGGGAUAUGUGAAGACCUGAUCACUCUAAAGAUCACAUCCUCCACGGUGUGUGACCUCAGUCUGAUUGACUUACCAGGGAUCACCAGGGUGGCUGUGAAAGGACAACCAGAUGACAUUGGAGUCCAAAUCAAGAAUCUCAUUUCGAAAUUCAUAAACAAUAAGAGAACCAUUAUCUUGGUGGUGGUACCAUGUAAUGUUGACAUAGCAACAACAGAGGCCCUGAAAAUGGCACUAGAACUGGAUCCUGAAGGCACAAGAACUAUGGCCAUUCUGACAAAGCCAGACCUGAUAGACCCGGGAGAAGAGAAGAAUGUGUUGGAAAUUGUCCAGAAUAGAGUCAUGGAUCUCAAUAUGGGCUAUGUCAUUGUGAAAUGUCGUGGUCAGAAGAAAAUUGAUGAAAACAUGUCCAUUACUGAUGCGAUUGAGGAGGAGUUGGAAUUCUUCAAAAAUCAUGAGCACUUCAGMUCCCUYYUGCGUCAGGAGAAGGCAACCACCAAGUGCCUAGCCACCAAGCUCAGCAAUGCCCUGGUCAAACACAUCAAGAAAUCCUUGCCCCAGAUGUCAGAAAAUAUAAAGGAACAGUUGGGGGAGGUAAAGCAUUUAUUGAGUCAAAUAGAGGGUGGGCCUCCCAAGGAACCUGCAGAGAAGAGGAAGUUCCUCAUUCAGGUCAUAACAGAUUUCAAUGAGCAGAUUACCCAACUGUCCCAAGGGGAUAUUAUCAUUGAGGAAAACCUGUUUGAGCUCAUGCGAAAGGAAUUUACAGUGUGGAUGGAAUGUCUGAAAAAUGCCAAAUCACAUUACCACGAAGUAGUGCAGCAUUUGGUGGAUGAAUAUGAUGAGAAGCACAGGGGAAGUGAGCUGCCAGGAUUCAGUAACUACAGGGUAUUUCAACAUGUUGUUCAGAAACUGGUGUCUAAACUUAAGAAACCAGCUAUGACGACACUAAAGACAAUCAGAGAAAUGGUGCAGGAGGAAUUUGAUCAUUUGUCCAAAGAGAUCUUUAAGAAUUAUCCUUAUCUUCAAGAUGUCUCRAAGAAAAAAAUUGAAACAAUCCAGGAACAGCAGUCAAACAUAGUGAAGGCGAGGAUCGUGGAGCAGUUUGAGAUGGAGAUGCAGGUCUACACACAGGAUGAAAUCUUCAACAAACAUAUUCUAGAGGAGGAAACGAAGGGGGAAAAAGCAGAAGGCUCAGAUCACGACACCAGGAGCAAGUACCCUGGGCUGCUCAAGGCAUACUAUGAGAUUGUGGUGCAAAGACUGGCUGACCAGGUGCCCAUGCUGAUCCGUUACUUCAUCCUGAAGCAGUCAGCCAAGAUUGUGUGCAGUGAAAUGCUGGAUCUGCUACACAGAGAUGACACUGAUAACAUCMUACAGGAGGAUUCAGASAUCRGACAGWAUCGUGCAAAGUUGCAGACCCAAGUGSAUCRCCUUGUACAGGCCAAUGACAAGCUCAGCAGCCUCAGAGGGUGACAUCUUGACGAUUCAAAAGAUCUGAGAUGAUGCCAAGAAAAGAAACAGGUUAAAACCUCUUAAGGAUCCAACCCUUUUUUUCAAUUUUCAUCUAAAAUGACAUACCAAAAUCUAACUGCCUGUGAAUGUGAAAUUAUUACAGGAGAAUAAACCUUUGAAAUGCAAGAGAAWGGUCACAAUGUAUUAUUCCAGGUUAGACACAAUUUUUAUGUUAGCCGCUAGAUGGCAGAAGUGCAUGUGCARAGUUUUAGACUGAUCCAAUAAACUAUUGCAUUUCUGUUAAAAUGUUGUGUCAAGUCUGACUAAAUGUGCCUAAGUGGUUUAUUGAUUCAUUUUCGAGUUAAUAACUGUGCACUCUUCUCAAACAAUAGCAUGGUAWUAUUUCACUGUAAUAGCUACUGUAAAUUGGACAAUGCAGUU